CAGAUUUACUUACUACCAAUUGUCGGUCUUUAGGCCCAUCCCCCUCAUUAAUGCCUUGCCUUUUAAGCACUCUUUCCUUCCUCGCUCUUCCAAACUUUACACUUCUAUACCUCUCCCUGUCCCUUCCCUGUCCUGUCAUUCUUGUUCGUGUCCAUCUCCAUCUCCCCAGCACAGGAGAGCAUGCCUGAAUGUCCACGGAGAGAGUUCUCCAAAAGAAACUUUCUCCAAAGGGAUCUGAUUGCGUUUCUUUGUUCUACUCCUUUUGCUUGAAAGGUUAAUCAAGAGAUAAACAAUGGACUAGUAUAUUUUUCUAGUUCUAGUGGUUUAAAUUCUACCAUUGUGCUUUGCAUCAAACUGGACUCUCAAGAUUUCCCCUCUUCAAUCCCAUGCAACAAACCCUAAGUGGCAACUCUGCCUGUUGGACUUCCACCAGGGAGAGACUCGAUGAGAUCGGCAAGAAGAUCAAGCGAGAGCCGGGCACAGCCGUCAUCGCCGCCGCCGCCUCUGCCUCCACCGCACCGGCCGACAACCGCGUCCCCCGCCGGCUCGGCCUCGGCGAAGCCCUGAACACCGUGACCCCGUGCGCCGCGUGCAAGCUCCUGCGCCGCCGCUGCGCGCAGGAGUGCCCCUUCGCCCCCUACUUCUCGCCGCACGAGCCCCACAAGUUCGCUGCCGUCCACAAGGUCUUCGGCGCCAGCAACGUCUCCAAGAUGCUCUUGGAGGUGGCGGAGGCGGAGAGGGCGGACGCGGCGAGCAGCCUGGUGUACGAGGCCAACCUCCGGCUGCGGGACCCGGUGUACGGCUGCAUGGGCGCCAUCUCCCUGCUGCAGCAGCAGGUGAACGCGCUGGAAGCCGAGCUGGAGGCGGUCAGGGCCGAGAUCUUCAAACACAGGUACCGGCAGGCCUGCGCCGGCGCCGGCGCGGGUCUCAUGGACAACGCCGCGCAAACCGCUGCCGGCUUCGUCGCUUCCGCGCCGCCUGUGCACGCUGGGGACGUGGUGUCGGUGGUGGAGGGUGGCCAAGAGGUCGCAGCCGCGGUCGGUGCUCCGGGGAUGUCGGCGUCGUCUGCGGUGUACGUUGCCGAAGCCGAACAACCCUCAAGUACUACUGAUCACUAUGGCUCCCUUAACACAAGUGAGCAUGCUGCAUACUUUGGUUGACAUGCAUGGAUUUAUUUAACAUUUGGUGAGAUGAAAAUUAAACCGGCCGGGAGAAUAAACCGUGUGCAAGU